UAUAUUCGAACCUCAUCUGAUUGCCCGAACCAAAAGUUCCGAACGAACAUUGUGCUUUUAGAUAUUUUUUCACGCGAUCAAUUGAAGGUAGCUUUGAUUCACUGCACUAGGUGCCAGCCAAGUGGCCCAUUGGAAGUCGAGGAUGACGUUAGUUUCAGGACAUACAUCCACACUCAAUCCGAACGCUCCGCUCUUUGUCCCUGCUGCUGUCCGCCAAGUCGAGGAUUUCUCCCCAGAAUGGUGGGAUCUGGUGACAACCUCCACCUGGUUUCAUGACUAUUGGCUUAGCCAGCAGCAGGGCGAGGGCGGUUUCUUUGGAAACACAGAGGAUGACUUUGAUUUCCCUGAUGUUGCUGAUCUGCUGCCUGAUUCCAUCGAUACCGAUGAAGAAACCUUAACAAUGGAAUCCCAGUAUGAGCAGUUCCUCCUUUCAUCAGAGAUGGAUAGGAUAAACGCUUAUUCGACCUCCACCUUGAAGCAAAUGCCCACAAAUGGUAUGGAAAUGGGGCCUGAGGGUCUGAUAAGGAGCUUGAGCUUAUCGAAAUCAAUGCAGCAAAGGGGUCCGAAGUCACCGGUGGAGAUAGCUCGGUAUUGGGAGAAACCAGCAAAAACAGUUAGCCCAAAGUCUCGUGCACAACGCAUCCAGCAACCACGCUGAAUGUGGUUAGUAAAGUCCAAGUGUUCCUCUGGUCUAGAUUUAGGUUUCAGUUUGGUUGGUAUAAUUCAGUGUUAAAACAACCGGAGUAGUGUCUUUUGUUUCUUGUAAUCUUGUGUACAGAGCAAGGUCCGAGUUGUCCCUUGUUCAUAUUCUGACAUCCUUCAUUUCAACUCAUCAACUAGCCAGGGAAACUUGAUGAUAAUUGUAAAAAAACAAAAAUUUGAAGCAGCAGAAAUUGAUGCAACUUUUCUAGUG